UGGCACCGACGCGAAAGCGCGACCAGAGCUCCACCUGUCAACGCAAAAAGUUAUUAACCGUGCUAUAAACUCGGGGGAAAACGUUGGUAGGAGUCCCAGUCGAGCUCAGCUAUCGUCGUCGUAUGGGUGACGUGUCGAAGGUCUCUGUGGUUAGGUUUGAUGAACAGUUGGUCGGUAAAGUUGGUCGUGUUUUACUUGUGAAGAUACUUGUGAAGAUACAAGAAUACUGCUUGUAUUUUUGCACGACAUGUCUGCGAGCGCCUUUUUACCAGCCGCGGUGAACUUUCGGCCAUUGAUGUUUAAGUUGAACGUAUCAAGCAAGUUUGUCCGGCAUUGUCGUCGACAUCAGCGUUUCUCCACGAGCCGUUCACUGAACGCUGACAGCUAUGAGGUGGUCGUCGUUGGAGGAGGAGCCGGCGGGGCGUCGCUGUCAAACAUUUUUGCGAGGAAAUCGAAAAGCGUAGCUGUGAUAGAACCAAAUCCGGAGCACUAUUAUCAGCCAUUAUGGACUUUGGUCGGGGCUGGCAUCAUGAACUUUGGAAAGUCUGCCCGACCUAUGGCAGCUGUUCUCCCAAAGCGUGCGACCUGGGUCAAAGACAAGGUCGCUGAGUUCAACCCGAAAGAUAAUACUGUUACUACUGAAGGUGGGAAGCAGAUAAAAUAUGAGUAUCUGAUUGUUGGUCCUGGUAUCCAAUUAAACUACAACCAGAUCAAGGGCCUGCCUGAAGCAUUCGAGACGCCUGGAGUCGGGUCGAACUACUCGAAACUGUACGUGGGGAAGACGACUGAAGCUUUACAGCGAUUCAACGGCGGAGAUGCUCUUUUCACUUUUCCGAACACUCCAAUCAAGUGUGCAGGGGCGCCGCAGAAAAUCAUGUAUCUGGCAGAUGCCCUCUGGACAAAGAAUGGUGUGAGGAGUAAAAGCCAAUUGCACUACAACACAUCGUUGGGAGUGAUAUUUGGAGUGAAAAAGUAUGCAGACGUGUUGACAGAAAUUACCCGACAAAGGAAUCUAAACGUCAACUUCAAACGUAACCUGAUCGAGGUGAAGCCAGAUACGCAAGAGGCCGUGUUUGAGAUUCUGGACAGUUCGGAGACUCCCAAGGAGACCGUAACCGCUCAUUACGACUUCUUGCACGUGGUGCCCCCUAUGUCAGCUCCCGACUGUGUGAGAAACAAUAAAGAUAUCGUAGAUGCUGCAGGCUGGCUCGAUGUAGACAAAGACACCCUACAGCACAAAAAGUUUGCGAACAUCUUUGGGAUCGGCGACUGCACGAAUCUUCCAACGUCAAAGACAGCAGCUGCCGUGGCGUGUCAGAUCGGUAUCGUCAAGCGCAACCUCCUGCAGGUGAUGGCUGGUGACAAGCCGACAUCUGUCUACAACGGCUACACGUCGUGUCCAAUCGUCACGGGAAAUCAGAAGUGCAUCUUCGCUGAGUUUGACUACAAUGCGCAGCCGAUGGAGACGUUUCCUUUUAACCAGGCAAAGGAGCGGCGAUCCAUGUACAUCAUGAAGAAGGACAUCAUACCCUAUGUCUACUUCCACGUGAUGCUUAAGGGCUACUGGGAAGGACCUGGGAUAAUUCGCAAGAUGUUCAGGCUAGGAAUGGCCUAAGCUAUCAUGACGGUGUCUGGCCUUUGCUACACGGUGCUCGGUCUGCCGUGAAGUUAUCUAUUGACACUUGGUAUAGGAUAGGAUGUGGUCUGGUGAGGAACACAUAGCAGCACUUGACAUUUACAAGGGAAGCUCUUGGAAUUCCGUCAAUUUAUUUAGGAAAUUACCUGUUGUAUUAUUAUGCAAGCGAUAACUUGUAUUUUUUAACUUUUAUGAUAACUUUUAUGAUUUUUAUGAUAACUUUUAUGAUGACAUGGCAAGCAUGUCUGAUUGCUGCUCUGACAAUGUAAAGAUCGAGUUUUAUGUGCAGAAUUGGGGAUAAUUAAAUAAUUAAAAUGGGAACAUAUAGGGAUGUGAUAGUGUGUGCUAAUAUUAGCUGAUUGUGUGUAGUUCAAAUAAUUGAUUUUUAUGAUAUUAUUUUUUAUCACGAUAACUUUAGUGCCAUACGUUUAAUUGUAAUUACUUGUAAUUGCUUUACUUUUAAUUUUGCCAUCUUGUUAUCUAUAUGUGAUAAUAAAACAGUAACAUUAACUAUUCUAGAUAUUAUGCUGAAAGAAUGCAAUGAUAUUUUAAUAGCAGUGAGAUGUACACUAGGAAUAAUUAUUAAUGUGUUUCACCUGGCUGCAUAAAUUGGCUCAGUGGAUCUACUCUAGGUGAUUAGUACAUCCGUCCAGUGGUCAUGACCUCAUGCCUCAAUGGCAAGGCGAACAUGAUUAUUAAAUGUCAAUUCUGAGCGAUGUUGUACUUUUCUACCAUCUGUAAUUGUAAUUACGUAUCGGAAGAUUUAAUGCUAGUGUAAUGUAAGUAUAUGGUAAUAAGUAUCUAGUAGUAUGCCAGAGUGAUUUGGUUUACCGUUACUACGGAUUGCUUGCAUUUCGUAUUAGACUUGCUUUCUAAGUACAUAACUGCGUGAUCUCACUAGUUCACUAGAUCUUGCGUAAGAAAGGCACACAUUACACUGUUUACUUAUUUAGGACAUUGGAAAAUCAACGAAAGGAAUUGUCCCACAAAGAAUUUUCAUAUUAGGCCUAAUUUAUUUUAUUGGAGGGAGCUUAAAAUGUCGUUUCUAGAACUUGUUCUUAAUCGUGACAUAUUUGUCCUGAAUAGAAAAAGGAUUGAUUUGUAUUUCUUUUUUGAUGUAAAAGACCCAUAAUGUUCAUAUUCUAGGGAUUGCGUCAUUAGGAACAUCCUUGUUAUAAAACAAUUAUAUUUUCUAUAAUAAUAUGUUACCUUUUGUGUAAAGUUCACAAAAGCUCCGGCGUUCAUAUUGUGGGAGUAGUACGUACAUGAAAGUACAAAUGUAUGUUCUUGUAUGGCUACAUAUGUAUAAAAUUGUAUUGAUAUAUCCCUGUUGUGGGUCAUACUUUUAACGUUACCCUUUUAGUUAUAGCGCAGAACAAGCCGUUUUCUUCAAAUUAUACACGCUAUGUCUCGCGCCCAUUCGACCAAUGCAUCCUAUUUUGGAUGUAAAGAUAGUCGUUCAGUUUCCAUUUUGAAUUUCUGUACAGCAACUAUGCUUGUUCACAUAUUAUGUAUAUGAUUGUUACGUACCAUAUCCUUAUAAACGUUAGGUGAGAUCAAUUAUACGUAUGUGGUCGUACCAUGGGCAACUAUCACGUACAGCUUGCUUUGUUUUCGGUUCUAUGGUUACUGUUGCCUUUGCAGGUUCGAGGGUGCAUACACGAGACGAUAUCAUAUGGUUCACCUGCAAGAAGUUAGGCCACAAUAAGUGUGUUAAUCUAACAGAUAGUUGAUGAUAGAUGUUUAUAUCACAGUUUCGGAAUACCGACGGUCACAACGAUUCAGUCUUUUUGACUAGCCUGGUUUAAUCCCAUCGCUUGUCACUGACCGGCUAUUGAACCAACAGCUUCUGUAUGCGAUGAAGCGAUAUUCAGCGAUGAAAAGUAAGUGUUUGGGAUCAAUUAAAACUCAGUAUUAUAAUUUA